AUGCUGCUGCUGCUGCUGCUGCUGCUGCUCCGUGCGCGUGACCUGUAUAACCAUCAGCACUAGCUACGACUGAACAGCGACCGUCGUGGCCACCGUUUCGGAUUAAUUGCUCGAUUUAUGAGUUAAUAUGUAUGUUUUAUUCAUCUAAAGAUGCAUCCCGAGGAUUAUUCAGAUUCGACGGGUUUGUGUUUCCGGUGCCGUCAUUCAGCGCGCGCGUGUGGCUCGAGCAGGAUCCCUUCGGCUCGGAUGCUGCCUUCGCCGCCACCGCCGCCGCCGCUUCUGCUGCUGCUGCUGCCGCCUCUUUCAGCACCUCGCCACUGACAUGACGGCGGGGACAGAGGGCGCGGAGACAGGCAAGGUGGGGACGUUGGAACCGGAAACCGAGCGCAUCCGAACCGCGUCGCGUGCACAACCGAGCGCGGGGACAAACGCCAAGGGCAGUGCAGCACUCCGCGCGAGGAGAGGUGGAGGAGGAAGAGCAGGAGGAGGAGGUGGUGGAAGAAGAGAAGGAAAAGGGGGGGGUCGGGUGGAUCUACCUUUCACCCCGUUUCUCUGCACUCUAGCCCUCCAUCUUCUUUAUUCGUUUCAUUUUUAUUGUUUUUCCCUCCAAAAUGGCUUAAACGCGCACGACACCCAUAUGUCAUUCACUUUGGUUACUUGGUAACCCGCAGUGGCGUUCGCGACCCAUAUAUUGCUCUGGGCGAAUUAAUAGAUCUUAAUUUAAAUAUUCUCUUUAAAAUCCUCUCUCUUUCUUUUAUUGUUAUAAUAUAUAUAUAUAUAUAUAUAGAUUUUUUUUUACAAAGUCAAAGUGUUGAUUCAAUAAUUUGUCAUUAUCGAUUUCUUAUCAAUUCUGCUCCUUUAAAAUAAAACUAAAAAACAGCGACAGUUAUCCCCGUUAGCUAACUAACUAAACCUGAGUAUUUAUUAAUUAAUUUAUUUAAUUUUUUUGGUAAUUCAGAAUGAUUUGGUGAUCUAACUACGCAACUUCAUUAAUAUAUUCAGGGAAGUUAGCUAGCAAUGUUUGAUCCUUAGCUAGCUUAGCUUAUCUUAACCACUGCUACAGCUAUAGCUACAGCAGGCUAGCUAACUAUUUCAAGACGAUCUAUAUAUGUGUUAGUAAGAAAUGGCUAUAUGUGUAAUGUUUAAUGUAGAAAAUUAUAAUAUUAUUGUUAUUACUAUUAUCAUUAACCAAACCUGUGUAAUUUCAAUCACAUUGCAUAAAAAUUACCUCAGAAAUAGGAGCUUAGCGACAAAGCUAAUUUUGUAGCCUGACAACAGCUCACUGUGUGUGCGCGUGUGCGCUUGUGUAGUUCUACACUACAAUACAUCAUUAGCAAUACGUCAACGUUUUUCCAGGUAGCAAGGCGCGAGUGUUACUGUCACGUUGCAAAGAGACUUGUACAUAUGAGCGUACGGCACAGAGCUGCCUUGUUCCUGCCGUUGCUCCUGGCGCUCGCGCUCUUUGUAGGCGGGGCCAUGGGCUGCCUCCAGAGCGUGGCGUGUAAGCCGCGUGUGCGGCGUGAGAACAUCGUGGUGUAUGAGGUGUCGGCAUCUAUCGACCGGAGCCCCACGGUGGUGGAGGAGAACUCACCCAUCGUGCUGCGCUACCGGACACCCUACUUCCGCGCCUCCGCCGGGGUCGUCAUGCCGCCUGUGCCCAGGAACGAGACGUGGACGGUGGGCUGGAUUCAGGCGUGUACGCAGAUGGAGUUCUACAACACGUAUGGAGACGCGGGCGCGUCAAGCUGGGAGCUGCCGGAGCUGCGCGAGGGCCGCGUGAAGGCCAUCAGCGACUCAGACGGCGUCAGCUACCCGUGGUAUGGCAACACUACUGAAACAGUGACCAUCACGGGUCCGACGUCCAAGCCGUCACGUCUCACCGUGAGCAUGAACGACAACUUCUACCCGAGCGUGACGUGGGCGGUGCCCGUGGGCGAGAGCGGCGCACCGGCACUCACUCGCGUCACUCGCGACCAGAGCUUCAUCACGUGGUUGGUGGCAUUGAACAAUGUGACGCGUGAGAAGAUCCUGCUGCAGACGGUGCGGUGGCGCAUGCGGGUCGACAUCGCCGUCGAUCCCAUGAUGCCGCUGGGCUCCCGUGCCACUCUGGUCAGCCAGACGCACCAGGAACAGCCAUUCAUCCUUACCAACAACGAACCUAUUCCGCCAAACGCACUGGCGCGACCCAACGCCAACGACGCACAGGUGUUAAUGUGGAGGCCGAGGAGGGGGCCGCCGCUAGUCGUCAUUCCCUCCAAAUAGACCAGCUAGUCAAAAUUGGAUCAUGGUGCAAUGUGGCAAAAAAUGCCUAAAUUAGCGUCUGACUGUCCUCUGUGCAGGAGUACGGCGUCAUGGGAAAUCGUAGGAGGGUUAGUCAAAACUCGUCUGUGCAUGAGCAAUGGAUCAUGGGAAAUGAAGGCAUGGGUUCCUCGGUCAUGGACUGCUAAUGUGAUAAGGUGAAAAAUCAGUUUAACAGUUAUGUUGGACCGCCAGAUGAAGCUCCUCAGUACAUCGAUUGAUACGGACUGUGUCAUGCACGAGCAAGUCACGUGAUGUUAAACAGAUCGAGUGGCACUGAAUGACACCGUACCCGAGGAGUAUUAUUAGUAUAAGAAGCUUCAGAUCUUUCGCACCUUUAGAGGACGCUAGCAUAGAGAGACCCUUAGCUAGCAAACACCACACAAGCAGUGAUUGAGAGGUGUAGCAUGAUUAGCGAUGUCUCACACACACACACACACACACACACACACACACACACACACACACACACAAAGCUGGUAGGAGUGUUUUUCUAUCCUCCUGCAUGAUCUGGAACUAGUUUCCCCUCACUCCUCCUCACUCAGGUGCUGCACUGUUGGCAGUUUCCAUAUUAGCUCACACUCCAUCUGUCUUCCAUUCCUCCUGCAUCCCUCUCGCCCGUCCCCCAUCUGUCCUCCAUCCCUCCUGCAUCCUUCUCGCCCGUCCCCCAUCUGUCCUCCAUCCCACCCUUGUCCUUUCAUGCCGACACUCCGCAGGUCCUUACAAUGUUCAAUUUCCAUCACAUAAACCUUCUCCAACCAAACAUAACUAAUUAUUGGCAAUCACCACACACACACACACACACACACACACACACACACACACACACACACAUACGAAAUGAAUGUGGAAAUAAAUUGUGCUUAUUCCUGGCUAAAGGAAAUGCAGGCAGUCGAAAUGAAAAUGCCAUCAAAAGUUAGUCUGCAUGUGUUUAGAUUCUCUAUCAGUCUGUCUUUCUCUCUCUGAUUCUCUUUCUAUCUCUGUCUCUAUCUGUCACUUUCUAUCUAUCUAUUUAUCUAUCUAUCUAUCUAUCUUCUCCAAUUAGUUCCCAGUUUAAUUCCUGACCCUUUAACCCUUUCAAGCUAAUAAGGUAAUCAUGUGACUAAGCUGAUCAUGUGACUGCUACACACACACACACACACACACACACACACACACAUACAAACACUCACACACAUGAUGUUAAACACCAGCAGCAUAUUUGGACGUCACACCUGAAAAUCAUUUUGAUCUUAAACAAAGACAUUUUCUUAGAGCAAAAUUAAACUAGUUUCUCAAAAAAAUGAAACGAAGGACAUUUCUUGAAGAUCAACACUUAACGCCUCCACCGACGGUUCAUUUCACUUCUUCGUAUCCAUAUCAAGUCUAUGCAAUGGCUACACACGUGCUAGCUAACUGCGGAGAACAAGAAGGAGCCUCGGACUCUGAGCAUGGAAAGUUCUUUAAGCUACGGAGGAGGUUCACGUUUCUUGCAUGCCAAUGGUUUUAUUGGAAACAAGCUGUGUUGUGUUUCUGUUGUUUCUGUUGAAGGUUGGUGAGGUCUUCAGGUCGGCUUUGAAUAAAAACAACACUGGGGAUCUCUAAAGCGAAAGCGUCUCACUUUUAUUACAGUAAAAGAGAGCAAUUGACCAUCUUUUAUGUUGACCACGUUCAGUCAGAUGAUGAAAAUACAGAUGCAAACACAGAUGUUCCUCAGGAAACCAUUCAAAAUCCUGCACCAUGUAAUGUAAACUUUAAGUGAGUGAGAAGUUUAUAAUCAGGCACAAUCAGUAAUAUAUAAUACAUCACGUCUUUAAUACUGUGCAGUCUCGUCUUUUUUUUAUCGUCCUCCAACUGGAACUUUGCAUAGUGCUAUAUUGUCACAUUUGAUCAUCACAAGUAAAGGCCCGUUCGCACCAAGAACGAUAACUAUAAAGAUAACGAUAACUAUAUUAGUGUCCACACCAACGCACAACAUCGUUCUGUUUAUUCUAAGCAGGUGCUGCAGUUAUGCCGUCUGCUGCUUUAAAUGCGCGAGCGCUCUAAUGCAGGAUGGAUUCUGAUUGGCUGUCAAUGUUUUUAUCGUUUAUCAGCAGGACAAAAUCGUUCUGAAAGUGAUUCCAACGAUUUCGUUUCUCUGUGCCAUCUAUAACAUGGUUAUAGUUGUGGUGUGGACUCUUUUAUAUUUAGAAAGAUUUUUAGAACUAUAUCUUUUAUCGUUAUCAUUAAAGUUAUCAUCCUUGGCAUGAACAGGCUUUAAGAAUCCCUGAU